AUGUCAGUUAUAAAUUCCUGUGUUAGUGACACUGGGAGUGGGGGUGUUAGUGACACUGGGAGUGGGGGUGUUAGUGGCACUGGGAGUGGGGGUGUUAGUGGCACUGGGAGUGGGGGUGUUAGUGACACUGGGAGUGGGGGUGUUAGUGAUACUGGGAGUGGGGGUUCGGGUGUUAGUGAUACUGGGAGCGGGGGUGUUAGUGACACUGGGAGUGGGGGUGUUAGUGGCACUGGGAGUGGGGGUGUUAGUGACACUGGGAGUGGGGGUGUUAGUGGCACUGGGAGCGGGGGUGUUAGUGACAAUGGGAGUGGGGGUGUUAGUGGCACUGGGAGUGGGGGUGUUAGUGACACUGGGAGUGGGGGUGUUAGUGGCACUGGGAGUGGGGGUGUUAGUGACACUGGGAGUGGGGGUGUUAGUGAUACUGGGAGUGGGGGUGUUAGUGACACUGGGAGUGGGGGUGUUAGUGAUACUGGGAGUGGGGGUGUUAGUGACACUGGGAGUGGGGGUGUUAGUGGCACUGGGAGUGGGGGUGUUAGUGACACUGGGAGUGGGGGUGUUAGUGAUACUGGGAGUGGGGGUGUUAGUGACACUGGGAGUGGGGGUGUUAGUGAUACUGGGAGUGGGGGUGUUAGUGACACUGGGAGUGGGGGUGUUAGUGAUACUGGGAGUGGGGGUGUUAGUGACACUGGGAGUGGGGGUGUUAGUGACACUGGGAGUCGGGUGCACCCGGACCUUUCCUUACUAUCGCCCAUGCAACUGGGUAAAGACAGAGCUCUUGUGUCAUCAGGGGCAGUGGAGUCAUGGUUCAACAAGCUCCAACAGACCAUAGAGGCAACUGACCCCACAAUAUUACCCAGCCCUGGGCGUAUAUUCAACGCUGAUGAGACGGGAUUCGCCUUCAACACUAAGACCCGUCAGAUUGUGGCAAGCAAAGGAACCAAAAAUGUGUAUAGCUUCACAUCCAACACCAAAUCACAAGUAUCCGUUCUCGCAUGCUGCAGUGCAGCGGGGCAGUACAUUCCACCAAUGUUAAUUUAUCCUUACAAGAGGAUCCCUCAGAAAAAUUUGCUAGAAAAAUUUCCUUAA